CUCGAUCGGUGAACUCAUGUUUCUUAUAACUCCGAUUAUUUGACUGAAUUCUUAAACGAACGAAGUAUAUUUGAGAUUUAAUUAAUUAUAUUUUUAUCAAUGAAAUAUUUUAUAAACAUUGUAAUUUUUUGCAAGAUAUUCUGACAAUUCCAAAUGGUACACGAGCAAUUCGGAAAAUCAUUAAAAAACAGAUCGUGACAUAGAUGAACUCAUUUGGAUCAAGUUUGCUUAACAAGAUCAAGGCCACGUUCGUUAAAAAAUUAUCGAGAUAUCCAAUACAAAAUUUUUGUGAAAUGUUUGUGAAUCAAACAAUGCUGAUACUUGCGCAUACUGCGCAAAUAAUGGCCACAUUAUCUGCAAAGGCAAUUUCUGGCGUUCCUGAAAAUAAUAGUAUUCAGAUCAAUGUGACGACAACAACUUUGUCGCCAGAAGAAAAGGAAAAUGUAUUUGACUUCGAUGAUAAAUGGUAUAUGUGGCGAUGUUAUGAACCAUAUGGUUGCUUUUAUAUUGGUUCACCAUGGUCGGGAGAACAUAGACCAGUAUCAACAUUUCCAGAUCGUCCGGACUCUAUAAAUCCUCGUUAUUUACUUUAUAUUCGUGAAAUCAUAGAACAACCGCAAGAAUUGAAGAUAGAUAAAGACGAAACUAUUCAUGAUUCAGCUCUUAAAAAACAGAAUAAUCUUUAUCUUAUCGUUCAUGGAUUUCUUGAUAAUGGUGACAAAACGUGGGUUAUGAGAACUAUGAAAGAAUUACUAGAAAAAGAAGAUUGUAACGUGGUAAUAGUGAAUUGGAUUGCUGGUGCAGGUCCGCCAUACACUCAAGCCGUGGCCAAUACAAGAUUAAUCGGUGCAAUGACAGCUCGUUUAGUUUAUCAAUUGAUUGAAAUUGGAGGAAUAAAUCCUUUGAAAAUGCAUUGCAUUGGACAUAGUCUUGGUGCACAUACUUGUGGCUACAUUGGAUACACUUUGAGGAAAAGAUACAAAUAUAAUCUUGGAAGAAUUACUGGCCUUGAUCCUGCUGAACCGCAUUUCAGCAAUACGUCCACAAUGGUUCGACUUGAUCCAACGGAUGCCACUUUUGUUACGGCUAUUCACACCGAUUGCAAUCCUUUUAUCAACUUAGGACUCGGUAUUACUCAUCCUGUCGCUCAUAUCGAUUUUUUUCCAAAUGGAGGUCGCAAUCAGCCUGGUUGCAAUGAAGGUGUAUUGAAUUCUAUCACUUUAGAACGUGGAAGUUUCUUUCGAGGAAUAAAAAGAUUUGUUGGUUGCAAUCAUAUUCGCAGCUAUGAAUAUUUUAUAGAGAGUAUCAAUACAAAGUGUUCAUUUUUGGGAGUUCCCUGCUCAUCUUGGGAAAAGUUUCAAGAUGGAAAUUGUUUUGAUUGUGUGAAUCAAUAUUGCCCUAAACUUGGAUUGGAUGCUCAGCCAGGAAAUUAUCAUGCAUCCGUUUAUCUGAUGACAGGUUCGACUAAACCAUUUUGCAAAGACCAUUAUAAAAUCACCAUUAAUAUUUCGAAAACAAAUGAAAGUCUGAAUCACGGUGGUGAAGUUGGUACCUUUGCAGUCAAAAUAUUUGGUGAAGGCGGAAAAAAAACAGAAGAAAUGUUGCUUAGUUCUCAUUCAAAAUAUUAUGAACCAGGAAGCAUUCAUACUGUAGUAUUACCAGGCAAUGUGGUGGGUAAACCAGAAGCAGUUAAAAUUAUGUGGGAGUAUCAAGCUUCUUUUUUCAAUCCACUCACAUGGAGGCUCUUACACACACCUUGCGUAUAUAUUGAUUCAUUAAGAAUCGACAGUUUGGUGGCCGCUCAUGGCAUUACUGUGUGUCCAGAUAAAACGAAAACUUUGAUCGCCAACGAACCGAAGAUUUUAACAAUCGAAAACUGUCAAUUCGUUGAUCUAAACAUCUCCACAAAACUUCCAAAUUCAUAAAAUAAAACAUGACAUGUAUGUAACAUUAGAAUUAAAAUCAAAAUGAUAGUGUUAAAUGUGAUAUAGAUAAAUAUAUUGACAAAAAAAUAUAUUUUGAAAUAUUAACAAUCCUGAUGAUAUAACAGAUGAAAAAGUUAACAUAAAAUAUCAUAAUCAAGUUUACUACUUUACCACAUCCAUAUUACUAAUGUAAAAAUUUCAUUUUUAAAUAAUCUAAAUAAAAUAAUCUAUUUGGCUUGUUCAAUGGAAAUUAGUAUUAAGAUAUCAUUUAUUCAAUUAAUGAAUGAAUCAUGAAUGAUUAUUUUUAAUUAUUAAUUAUAGAAAAAAAUUCUAUUUUGAUUCUUUCAAUUUUAUAAUAAUUAUAUAGUAUUUUCAAUUUCAUUUGAAAGAUAUUAAUCGCUUUUUUGCAUUAUGUCAAAUUUAAAAGUUCAUUAUUUUAUUUGAAUAUGAAUAUAAUUAACAUUUAAAUGAAUAUUAUAAAUAAAAUAAUUAAAUGAUAAAAUAUUGUUCGUGAAUAACAAGAAAUUUAUUGGAAAAAUGUUUGAUUUCAAUAGACGUAAUAUUAAUGAAAAUAAUUAGAUAUGAUUGAAACUAAUACAUAUUCAAAUAAAAUCAUAUAUGUUCACUACAUCAUUAAACAAAAUGAUUCAUUUUACUGUUUUUGUAUCGUGACAAGAAUUCUUAUUAGUCACGAACAGUAUUUUAAUUUUAAUUAAAGUUUUUAAAACAUAAAAUGUAUUAAAAUUUCUUUUGAAUUUUGAUUCGAAAAAAAUUAUAUUGAAACAGUGGUGGACAUGAAAGAGAAAUUAUUGAAAAUAAUUAUAUGAAAUAUUUUUAAAUAAAUAAAAUAAUAAUUAAAAAUUUAUUUUAUGUAAUACUUGUAGAUUAUAUUUUAGUUAAUAAUUGAAAUAAUAUUUUGUAAUAUUUUGUAAUGAUUUAAGAUAUUAUUGUUUAAAAAUUGUAAUUUUUUUACAUAUUUAAUUUGCAUUAAUAAUUUGAGUAAUUAAAAAUGAAAAAUAAUUAAUUAAAAUAUGAAAUACGUG